AGAGUACCAGACCAUCGCCUCCGCCUCGUCCCUCCCGCCGAGCCCGAUCGACCUCCCUUCCGCCGCACGCCGGCCUCCAUCCUCCUCCGCGCCCCGAGGCCGCAGACGCGUUGACCCCCGCGCCUCCGCCUCCGCCGCCUCCACCACCGCAUCGCCCACCUUUGCGUCCUCCCCAAGCCCCUUCAUGCCGUCGAAAGGCAUCUCCUCCCCCCUUUUAGCGCCCACCGUCCACCGCCCGUUUCCCCCACCGGCCACCGCCUCUCCUCUUCCCAUCCGUCUCAACUCCGCCGGCCUCCGCUCUUCUUGCUCUGCUCCGGGGUUUUCCUCCUUUCAGUUGCAGGUUCUGCGGCGUCCAUGUCACUCGAGUUCAGGUCCGAGUGCGAUGACAUCGAGGAGGCCAAGUCCCCCAGCAACACCAGCGUCGCCGCCGUCGCCGUCAAGAACGGCGACGCCUCGGUCUACAAGAUCAUCCACGGCUACCUCAAGCAGAAGAACAACUCCAUCAUCAAAGUCGCCGCCAAUGUCGCCCGGAAAGCGGCCUCCAACAAAUUAUCGAGGAAGACCUCGGAUGUCUUCGACACCUUGCUUCAGAAGCAGCAAAGCAAGUGGGGAAACAAGGCCGGGCCGCUGCUUUCAGGGAUCUGUUACUGCAUCGCCUCCUGCAGCAUGAUAUUGCUCAACAAGGUGGUUCUCUCCAGCUACAACUUCGAUGCUGGAAUAUCGUUGAUGCUAUACCAGAACCUUAUAAGUGUGCUCAUUCUUCUUAUACUUGAGCUCUUCCGUGUCAUUUCAACGGAGGAACUCACAUGGAAGCUGAUAAAAGUCUGGAUUCCGGUGAAUCUUGUUUUCAUCGGUAUGCUACUAACUGGAAUGUACAGUUUGAAGUACAUAAACGUCGCAAUGGUGACAAUACUAAAGAACAUGACAAAUAUUAUAACGGCUAUAGGAGAGAUAUAUAUAUUCAGGAAGGGUCAGAAUAAGAAGGUUUGGGCUGCACUGUUUCUGAUGAUUGUAUCAGCUGUAUGUGGGGGGAUUACAGAUCUCUCUUUCCAUCUAGUUGGCUACACGUGGCAAAUUCUGAAUUGCUUUCUAACAGCAGGCUACUCGCUUACACUAAGGCGCUUGAUGGAUACAGCUAAGCAAUCAACAAAAUCUGGCUCCCUCAAUGAAGUUUCUAUGGUGUUACUCAACAAUGCACUCUCAAUUCCAUUCGCACUCAUUUUGGUUAUAGCCUUCAAUGAGUGGGAAUAUGUUUAUCAAGCUGAGGUUAUCAGAGAGCCUAUGUUCUGGGUUGUUGCAACAGCUAGUGGUUUGCUAGGGCUAGCCAUCAGCUUCUCAUCAGUGUGGUUUUUGCAUCAGACUGGUCCAACAACGUAUAGUCUCGUUGGUUCUCUGAACAAGGUACCCAUUUCGGUUGCUGGUAUUUUGCUGUUCAAUGUCCCUGUAAGCGUCGAAAAUUUCUGUAGCAUAGUUUUUGGUCUUUUUGCUGGGAUAUUCUUUGCAAAGGCAAAGAUGUCCUAACUGUCCUGUCCCUGUGUGGUUGUAAGCUGUAGCAUGAAGAGCUACUGCGGCAGCUCUGCCUAUCAACUGUACAGAGAUAUCACCAUUGUUCCUAUCAACUGUACAGAGAUAUGUCCAGAGUUCAUAAAUUUUACAUCCUUUCCAUCCAUUCAAAGGGUACAGCAUGUGUUGUGUGCCCUCAGUUUUGUAACAUGACAAUGCCAAGGCAGGAGGAACUCUGCAAGGCCAAUCAGCAACUGGAACUCCAGUACUCCACUACUCUGAUCAAGAAAUUGAGCAGAACGAUUAUUAUACUACACAAUAAAGGAAGGAUUUGUGUUUCCGACAUGGUUGCCAACCGGGCCCUCUUCAGGAAUUCAUGGUAAAAAAAACACAUCACCGAUUGAUUCGGUUUUUACCAAUACUUCUGUUGGGUUGUUGGGUUUAUUGUCUCUCUCAAAGAGAAAUCUAUUUAUCUGAGACUGAUAUAUACACAUGUCUGGAUUAAGUAGUGUCCAUAAUUCCUAAACUGUAAACUGGCACAGCAAAGGCAAUCAAUAUCUAGAUUCAGUGGUUCCCAAGCUA